CGAGGAUUCUACGAUUUGUUGUACCAAAGCCGUACGUGCGAGACGGUCGUCGUCGUAGAAGCCAGUUAGCCAUGGCGAACGCCACCGGCGGGAAGCACAGCGUCCAGAUACGAGGUGAGCAGGUCGAAGCUGCAGGCAAGAUGGCCACCCCAGAAAAAUGGCUGAAUCGCUUCGUUCGCGUGGUGGCGCUGAUAGAGAGGACGGGCAACGCGCUCGGCACGCUGGCCUUCACCUGGGCUACCGUCAUCCUCCUCGGCGGCUACCCCACCGUGCUCGACUCGAAGAAGGACUAUCGGUUCAUCACAGUCAUCGUAUUCCUCGAAGCCACCAGGUACGAAUAGUGGCGGAUCGGAGCCAAAAUUUUCUCAACCCUAAGUCUCAAUCAAUAUAAUUUUUAUAUGUUUU